AUGACUGAACAUCUGAACCAGCUUAAUGUUAAAAUGCAAGGUGUUGAAAAUACAGUCUUAUCCCUUCAACAAGCAGUGUUUGCAUCUGAAAACAAGCUAGAACUCUUCAUCGCUGACAUUAAAACAGGUCGUUUAGUACACUUUGAAAAACUGGGGGAGUUUAAAGAUGCAUGCACAGCAAGUGACCCUGCUCAACAUUUUGAUCUUCAGCAGCUAGCGGGCUUCACAUCUAAUCUCCUGCAGUCAUUCAAAGCUCGCUUUGGAGAAUUUCGUAAGCGCACUCGUCUUUUUAAGUUCAUCACCCUGAGUUACAUCCCCGGUGUUUUCGUCAGAGAUUUUGAGCUACAAGCUGCUGACCUGAAGGCCUCAGACAUGUGGCCCUCAUUAGAAGUGGAAGAAUUUGUUCCAGAAUUGGUUGAAAUAAAUGCUGAGGAUAAGAGCAAAGAUGAAUAUAGGUUUCAGUGCCCUCGUGCUGGUCAGUUUAUGUGCAAAUUGACCAACCUUAAGUUUGAGAUGGAAGGGGAAGUACUGUACAGCACAGUGUCUUGGGACAGCUGUCCGCUGGAUGGAUUGGGUCAAAGUGAGCCUGCAGGACCUCUGUACAGUAUCAACAGCCAUGAGGGUUCAAUUCAGUAUCUGCAUAUUCCACAUUGUGAGACCCGUAUAAAUGAGGUGAAACUGACAGUGGCACAUGUGAGUGGUGGUAAUGUGGAGAUUGUUCAGCCACAAAAAGUAACAGACACGCAUGUAAUCAUAAGAAUUCAAGGUCUCUCCAGCUUUGGACUCUUAAAAGCAUGGCUAUUCCAAGCUCCUCCAAUCGAAGCCCAGGUUCUACUGUUCUACACAAAACAGAUUGGAGAGCACAGGAUGAGUAAACUGCACAUGCACCUUCUGCCAGGGAAUGUACAAUAUGAAGAGGUGCAAAAACGGGAUGAAACCAAAACGUACAUAGAGAUAAGUGCCACAUGUGAACUGACCCCUGGUAAAAAAUACUCACCAUUUUAUAAAAACACUGACCGUACGAUUGAAAUCCAACCAGAGUGUCAGAAGUUUUAUUCUGACUAUGGCCCCAACUAUCACCCUACAUUUGAGGUAUUCUUUGAUCCUGAUGUUGACAAACUGACCUUAGGUCUUUGGGAUGAAAAUAAGGAAGUGGUGUGGUCUCGUCUGGUCUUCCUUACAACAGAUACAAAGGCAGCCUCACCCAAACAACAAAGUAGAACAGGUGCUGACUUUAUGGAUCAACACAGAAGAACGCUGAUUCAAAAAGUUUCAUCAGUAAUGGAGAUAGCUGACCGUCUCAAAAGCAAAAACAUGAUUACUGAUGAAAUGUAUGAUAGAUUUAAUUUGCCAACAUUAACAUCACAAGACCAAAUGAGACAUCUGUAUAGAAUUCUCGAAUCAGGAGGAAGAGCUGUGAAAGAAGAAGUCUACAAAACCCUUAAAAAGAGAAUGCCAGGCCUAAUGGAUGAUUUGGAUCCUGGUUGGAUGCGUACUAUGAAAAGAAAUAAGAUGUCUCAACGUAUAAAACAAUUUGUACCAAGAUCUACCUGCUUUAAGUUUACUUAACUUUUAAAGAAACU